UAUAAUAAUUUUAGAUUAUUUGUUUGUUUUUUUCUAAAAAAAAAAUAAAUAAAUACUAAACACACAAAAUGUUUAAUAAUUAUUACUUUAUAUUUUUGACUGCUGUUAUUUACAUUAUCAAUUGUAAUAACUUUAUAAAUACAACUCCUAUUAACAAUAAUAGUCAACAAAAUAAUCAAUCAAUUGACUUUUCCGAUAGUUAUAUACAUGUAUGCGGCGGUUGGGAUGGAUCUAACUAUCACUCAGAGUGUUAUAGAUAUAAUACACACACAACCUGGCAGUCCAUGCCAUCCCUGACCCUACCCAGGGAUGACUAUAGUUUGGUUACUUACGAUAAAAAAUUGUUUGCAAUCGGCGGCUAUAAUGGUAAUUAUUUGAAUAGUGUUGAAUCAUACGAUACGCAAACAAAUCAAUGGAAACCAAUUGCAUCGAUGAAUAUAUUACGCCAUUACCAUGAUGCAGCUGUACUUGACAAUACAAUUUAUGUAUGCGGUGGUGAAAAUGGUAAUAAUGUUUUCAAAUCGUGUGAAUAUUAUUAUAAGGCUAUCGAUGAAUGGCAUUUUGCGACCGCAAUGUCAAUGGAAAGGCGUGGUCUGGCACUGGUAGCCCAUGAAGGCUAUAUGUAUGCUAUUGGGGGUAAAAAUUUGAAUGAAUAUACAAAUACAAUGGAAAGGUAUGAUACAGUUAAACAACAAUGGCAACCAAUGAGUAAUAUGAAAUAUACUAGAGGCUAUUUUGGUUCAGCAUCAUUUUUGGAUAAAAUAUAUGUUUGCGGCGGUUGGGGUACUAGUGAUUGGAAAUCAUGCGAAACAUAUGAUCCGCUAACAAAUCAAUGGACACAAAUUGCAUCCAUGCUAUUAGAUAGAAGUGAUUUUAAAUUGAUUGCAUUUGAUGAUAAAUUGUAUGCAUUGGGUGGCCUAACAAUGGGUGGUCAACAAACAGAUACGGUUGAAAUAUAUGAUUAUAAAGCAAAUCAAUGGUCAUAUACAACAUCAUUGCCAAAACCAUUAGAAAUGUUUGGGGCAUCUGUUAUUACAUAUUUGUGAAAAACAACAACAAAUAUAUUGCAUAUAUUUUAAUGAAUAUAUAAUUUGUAUACAUAACAAAAAUCUUGUAUCUAAUAA